UUCCAGCACUAAAUUACCCAAUAAUGGUGUAUUCGGAGAAACAACCCCUCCUCGACAGUCCUAUUGCGGACUCCGAGACUUCUACGAUCGGAUGUCCUAAUUUCUCGAGUCUUUUGAGCAAACCAUUCCAAUUCCUUCCUCUGUUAACUCGAACUCAUCUUACUGAUAACGAAAGCGACGACGAUUACGAUGACGACGAUAUUCCAGAGAUGCCUGCUUCCUCCUUACCUCCUGUUCUUCCGCAGUCUGAGCUUUCCCCAGCGGAAAAGCUCCACAGGUUGCGUCAGCACAUGAGAGCCCAUAAAGUUGGUGUCUACAUCAUUCCUUCAGAGGACGAACAUCAAUCUGAAUACACAACUGUUGCCGAUAGGCGUAGAGAGUACAUCUCUGGGUUCACUGGUAGUGCAGGCAUUGCAGUGGUCACGUUAGACGAUGGCGAGAACUUAACUGGAGAGGCUGCCCUUGCCACAGACGGGAGAUACUUUUUGCAAGCAGAGAAAGAACUCGAUUCGGACCUCUGGUAUUUGAUUAAACUGGGACAGCCAGGGUACCCUAACGUGAAAAACUACGCCAUUGAGAGAGCAGUUAACAACAAGUUUAGUAAUGUUCUUGCGGUGGAUCCCAAAUUGAUUAGUUUGAGUAUGGCUGAGUUCUUUGAGAGGGCACAAAGUACCAAAUCCAAAGGCAGCUACGAGUUCAAAUCCAUUUCGGAGGUCAAUUUGGUGGAUGGGGUCUGGGGGGCUGACAAGCCAAAGAGGUCCUUGGAACCUGUAUACCACCUACCAUUAAAGUAUUCAGGUGUCCAUACCAAUGACAAAUUGGAGCAAAUUAGAACUAUCUUGAAGAACGACUACAAUGGUACCCAUUUGGUGGUUACUGCACUAGAUGAAAUAGCUUGGUUGUUCAACUUGAGAUCAGACGCAGAUAUCCCAUUCAACCCGGUCUUUUUCGCAUACGCAAUCGUCACCUUGGAGCUGGUGACCCUAUUCAUCAAAAGUUCCAAAAUAGACAAUGGGUCAGAGGAGCUUCAUUCGUACUUGAAGUCGAUUCGAGGUCUUCAAAUUAGAGAGUAUGAGGAAUUCUAUACUGAGUUAAAACUGUUGAAACUGACCGUCUAUGAAAGCAAUACUCGGAUUGUCUUGCCAAGUAGAGCCUCAACUACUUUUGCAGUCUUCAACAGCAUUCCUCAGUCCGCAGCCAAGAGAACACUUGUUUUUGAGUCGAUCAUAGCAGAUCUUAAACUUACAAAGAAUCCGACUGAGCUUCUCAACGCAAAAAUUGCGCAGUACAAGGACUCUUUGGCUUUUAUCCUAUUCUUCUCGUGGUUGGAGCAUACUUUGAUCGUAAAAAAGAGAAAAAUCACUGAAUACGAAGCUGCUUGCAAGAUUUACUCAAUCCGAGAAAAGCUCCCUAAUUUCAAAGGGCUUUCCUACGAGACCAUUUCCUCCACAGGUGCAAAUGCCUCGGUGAUCCACUAUGCUCCUCAGAAAGACUCUAGUUCAAUUAUUGACCCUUCAAAGCUCUUCUUGAUUGACUCAGGGUCUCACUACUUAGAAGGUACAACGGAUAUUACCAGAACUUGCUUGUUUGACACCAGAAAAGUCACUCCUAGAAUUAAGAAGUUGUUCACUUUGGUGUUGAAGGGCCAUUUGGCUGUUUCUCUGGCCAAAUUCAGCCCAGGUUUUGGCGACGCGGGGGCUAUACUUGACUCGUUUGCUAGACAGCCAUUGUGGAAUCAAGGGCUUGAUUUCAACCACGGUACUGGGCAUGGUGUUGGUAGUUUUGGGUUGGUUCAUGAGGCACCGUUAUACAUCAACAGCGGGGAUGGGAAACAUGACUACUUCCAUAAAGGAGCAAUUCUUACUAUCGAACCAGGGUAUUAUGAGGAUGGCUCUUUUGGAAUCAGGAUCGAAAGUGAGCUUGAAAUCAUUGAGCAUGACGACCGAUUUGGGAAAGCCAGAAACGGGUCUAACUAUUAUGGAUUUAAUUACUUAACCAAGGUUCCAUUUUCUAGAAGUUUGAUUGACACUAAGUACUUAUCAGCAGUUGAAGUGAACUGGAUCAAUGAGUAUCACAAGAGCAUCAGAGAAGAAUUUGGGGAGAAAAUCUUGGAGUUAGGUGAUAAGCGGGCCUAUAAGUGGUUAUUGAAAGAGACCACCCGUUUGUAGGUUUCGAUGUUACAGUACUAGAUAGUUUUUAUAGAUGGAUUUGAUCACUUACUGUUUGUCGUUUUUUGUUUGAAGUCUUGGCUGGGCCUUGCAUACAUAACCUCUUUUAAUCCACUUGAAUACACAAAUAAAUUAGCACAA